AUGCUUCCUCUCGGUCUCCUCACGGCCGCACAGGGCCACCCUAUGCUGGUGGAGCUCAAGAAUGGCGAAACUCUGAACGGCCACUUGGUCACCUGCGAUAACUUCAUGAACCUGAUCCUGCGCGAAGUAGUGCAGACAAGCCCAGAGGGUGACCGCUUCUUCAGAUUACCCGAAGUCUACAUCCGGGGCAACAACAUCAAAUACCUACGAGUCCCCGAAGAAAUUGUCGAGAUUGUCAAGGAGCAGCAACAGAACCAACCACAAGGCCGUCGCGGCGGGCGAGAUGGCGAUCGUGGCCGGGGCCGCGGUCGUGGUGGUGGUGGCCGGGGUGGACGCGGUCGGGGACGAGGUGGCGCCGGCCCCAACUAG